AGGCUUGCAGCUCGGGGUGGGAACUGAGGCAUGGGAGGUCAGGAUGCAAGCCACCCCCCGCUCCCACCCCAGUGGGCCGCUUCUCCAGCAGGUGGAAGGCCAAGGAGAGCUGCAGAGCGGCUCUUGACAGUGGUGGAGGGCCCCAGGCUGGAGCUGAGCAUGGUCUCCUACUGGCCCUCUUACGAUUUUGCAUUCUGCUCUAAGGGCCAGUUUGGGGCAGGAGGAUGCAUGCCCGGCCUUACCAUGGAACUGCGCUGUGGGGGGUUGCUCUUCAGUUCCCGCUUUGACUCGGGGAACUUGGCCCAUGUGGAGAAGGUGGAGCCUGAGGCUGGUGAGGGGGAGGGGGGCGGGGGCCCGCUCCCCACCGGCAGCAUCUCCCCCGUCCCGGACUACGAGUUCAACGUGUGGACGAGGCCCGACUGUGCCGAGACUGAGUUCGAGAAUGGGAACAGGUCCUGGUUCUAUUUCAGCGUGCGGGGAGGCGUUCCAGGAAAACUCAUCAAGAUCAACAUCAUGAACAUGAACAAGCAGAGCAAGCUGUACUCUCAGGGCAUGGCGCCCUUCGUGCGCACUCUGCCCACCCGUCCCCGCUGGGAGCGGGUCCGCGACCGGCCCACCUUUGAGAUGACAGACACGCAAUUUGUGCUGUCCUUCAUUCACCGCUUCCUGGAGGGCCGCGGGGCCACCACCUUCUUCGCCUUCUGCUACCCCUUCUCCUACAGUGACUGCCAGGAGCUGCUGAACCAGCUCGACCAGCGCUUCCGAGAGGACCACCAUUCCCUUAACAGCCCCCUGGACUCCAUUUACUACCACCGGGAACUCCUGUGCUAUUCUCUGGAUGGGCUGCGUGUGGACCUGCUCACGGUCAGCUCCUGCCAUGGGCGGCAGGAGGAGCGAGAGCCCCGACUGGACCAGCUGUUUCCUGACACCAGCACUCCCCGGCCCUUCUGCUUCUCCGGCAAGAGGGUGUUCUUCUUGAGCAGCAGGGUCCACCCCGGGGAGACGCCCUCCAGUUUCGUCUUCAACGGCUUUCUGGACUUCAUCCUGCGGCCCGACGACCCCCGGGCCCAAACCUUGCGUCGUCUCUUCGUCUUCAAGUUGAUUCCCAUGUUGAACCCAGAUGGUGUGGUGCGGGGCCACUACCGCACGGACUCGCGAGGGGUGAACCUGAACCGUCAGUAUCUGAAGCCGGACGCCGUCCUGCACCCGGCGAUCUACGGGGCCAAGGCGGUGCUGCUCUACCACCACGUCCACUCGCGCCUGGGCCCGCACCUCCCGCCGGCGGCCCCCUUCUCUUUCCUCGACCGAGCCGAUAAUCUCCACAACGGGGCCCAGCUGAAACCCCGAUCCAGCGGGGGCCGCCCCAAACCCUGGGUCCGGGCCGAGCCGGGCGACCGGGACCCCGGCAGCCUGUGGAUCCUGGCCCCCGGCUCGGGUGAGCUUCGCGGGCCGGUGGCCGAGGAGGUCAUCCCCCCACAGGAAAGCGGCGUGGCCUACUACGUGGACCUGCACGGCCACGCCUCCAAGAGGGGCUGCUUCAUGUACGGGAACAACUUCAGUGACGAGAGCGCCCAGGUGGAGAACAUGCUGUACCCGAAGCUCAUCUCCUUGAACUCUGCACACUUCGACUUCCAGGGCUGCAACUUCUCGGAGAAGAACAUGUACGCCAGGGACCGGCGCGAUGGCCUGUCGAAGGAGGGCAGUGGCCGGGUGGCCAUCCACAAAGCCUCAGGAAUCAUCCACAGCUACACGCUCGAAUGCAACUACAACACGGGACGGUCGGUGAACAGCAUCCCCGCUGCCUGCCACGACAACGGGCGAGCCAGCCCCCCUCCCCUGCCCGCCUUCCCCUCUCGCUACACCGUAGAGCUGUUUGAGCAGGUGGGACGGGCGGUAGCCAUCGCAGCUCUGGAUAUGGCGGAAUGUAACCCCUGGCCCCGCAUCGUGCUUUCGGAGCACAGCUGCCUCACCAACCUCCGAGCCUGGAUGUUGAGGCACGUGCGCAACAGCCGGGGACCGGGCACCAGCCUGAGUCUGAGCAGCGGCAAGAGGAGAGGCCCCCGGGCAGCACCCAAGGGUUCCAACCAUUUCCCCAGCUCCUGCUCUGAGAUGGCCCUGAGCCGGGCCCGCGGCUUCGGCGUGGGGGCCGUCGGCGGGAACGGGACCGGCGGCGGCAACCAGCAGAACUCUCCGCUCCUCCAGGCCUCGCCCAGCUUUCCUUUCCCCGGCGGCGGCGGCGGCGGCGGGCCCCCCGGGCUCCCAGGCCUGGGCCCCAGCCCCCAGAAGGGCAACCAGCGGGUCCUGGGCUCCGUGAGAGAGCCCCGGAGCCAGGAAAGGAGACGGCGGCAGCAGCCACUGACCCUGCGCUCUCCUGGGCGCGGCUUCAGCCAGGCCCCGACCCAGGCCCCGGUCUUGGCCCCCCGCACCUCCGGCCUGACCCCCACGCCCCGUUUGGGUCCCUGCUGCUCCCUGCCCGCCUCGCUCCGCCUAGCAGGGAGCAGCUGCUCAGCCCUGUCCUCAGGGGACAAGCCGGGGGCUGUCAUGGUCAUCGGGAAGGGGCUGUUAGGGGCCGGGCCCCAGGCCCCCUGCAGCAGGGCUCAGCUACAGAACUGUCCGAGGAGAGUUCGUGACUGGAGGGGCCUCGGAUUCCCCAGUCAGGUGCUCCCCACCCCCGGCGCCUACGCGGAGAGACCCGUUACUCCGGAGCCACCGGGCCCCUCCGCCCGAGCUCCCUCCAACCCCGGACUCGAUGCCGGCGAAGCCCGCGCCCAACGCCUCCCCGCCUCGGCCAGGUGCCCCCCCGUUCUGCCCUCGCUUCCGGCGAGGGGCUGCUGCCCGUGAAGGCAGGGCCGGCGGGGAGACCCUCGGGAGAAGAGCCUUCCCCUCAGCCUGGUCCCGUCUACGCCGCAACGCCGUGGCAGGGUUUCUCGGGGCCGCCCGCCCACAGUCCCGUUCCGUCCCGGCCUCCUCGCCUUUCUCCCUGCCUGACGGCGACGCCCGGCCCCAGGCGCGUGGCGGAGGGGGGCGUCCCUGGUGACAUUUCUUCCAUCCGGACUCUGGGCUUCUCUCAGCUGGGUGCUUUCCUGGGCCUCCACUGGAUGGGGUGAGGUCGAGCGGGGAACGUGCUCACCUUCUCCCCAAGCAACCGCACCUCCUUGGGAUCCCUCUCCCCUACCCCCCAUUCGGGGCCACGACACAAGCCACCAGCGGGGGACGGAUCAGAGAAACGUAAACUGCCGGACUCCACCGCCCUCUCUAGCAUUCGGGCUUUGCGGAUUCUCUCUCCAUACGUGUGUGUAUAUAUAUAUAUAUAUAUAUAUAUAUAUUUUUAUAUCAGUGGGGUCGAGAGAAUCGGUCUCCGUCCCGGGCCCCUAUUUAAAGGCAGCCUCUGCUCUUACUUGCUUCCUGGAGAGGGGAGGACCGAAGAAAUAAAGGUUGUUUGGAAAA